GUGCUUUGAUGUAUCUCAAUGAAGCCACACUGCUGAACAACGUUCGUCUCCGCUAUCUCAAGGAUAAAAUAUAUACAUACGUUGGAAACAUUCUUGUGGCAGUUAAUCCUUACAAUGACAUUCAAGAUCUGUAUUCCACGCAAUCAAUAUCACGCUACAGAGGGAAGUCUCUGGGCUUACUUCCACCUCAUGUCUUCGCCAUCGCCGACAAAGCGUUCAGAGAUAUGAAAGUCUUGUCUCAAUCGCAGUCUAUGAUAGUUUCUGGUGAAUCUGGGGCUGGAAAAACAGAAUCAACCAAAUAUAUUCUUCGAUAUUUAUGCGAAACCGGUGGAUACGCUGCUGGUCCAAUUGAACAGCGGAUUUUGGAUGCCAAUCCCGUGCUCGAAGCUUUCGGAAAUGCAAAGACCACAAGGAACUCCAACUCAUCGCGAUUUGGGAAAUUUGUCGAAAUUCAUUUUUCCAAGUCUUAUGGCGUUGUGGGCGGUUAUAUAUCUCAUUACUUGCUCGAAAAGAGUCGAAUUUGCAGCCAGAAUGUGGACGAACGUAAUUAUCACAUUUUCUACCAGCUGUGUUCUGGGGCCCCUGCAGAACUCAAGAUGAAGAUGGGGUUAGGAAACCCUGAAAAAUUUCACGUGAGCGUUAUUUUUUCAUCAAGUUUAACCAGGAUUUUAAAAAUGCCUCUUGUUCAGUAUCUAGUGAAUCGUGGAUCUAAAACUCAACACACUAGGAAUUUACGCAAUGACGCUAGUGACUUCGUGAAAAUCGACAAGGCUCUGGAUACGUUGGGCAUCUCUGCUGGAGAUCGCCAGGAGAUUUACACAAUAGUUGCUGCCGUCCUUCACCUGGGGAACAUAGAAUUUGAAAAUGACGUGGACGAUUCCCACGGAGGCUCCAGAUUAACUCCGGCGUCGUUGAAAUCUCUUGAAGAAGCAUCUCGUUUAAUGAAGCUUGAUGUUGGGGAAUUGAAAUUAGGUUUGGCUUUCAGAACGAUGCAAACCGCUUGUGGGGAUGUGAUAAAUGUACCACUGAAACCUCGAGAAGCAGCCAGUGCGAGAGACGCCCUAGCAAAGUCCAUGUACUCUAGGCUGUUUGACAAUAUUGUAUCAAGAAUCAACGCGUCAAUCCCUUUCCAAACAUCUGCGUUUUACAUUGGCGUAUUGGAUAUAGCUGGCUUUGAAUAUUUCCCAAAAAAUGGAUUUGAGCAGUUCUGCAUAAACUAUUGCAAUGAGAAGCUGCAGACGUUCUUCAACGAGCGGGUUCUGCAUCACGAACAGAUCCUCUACGCUCAGGAAGGCUUGCAAGUACCUCGAAUCACUUAUGCAGACAAUAGUGAUUGCAUUCAGUUGGUAGAAGACAAGAUGGGGGUGAUAGAUCUUCUGAACGAAGAAGGGAAACUACCAAAACCCGACGCUUGCCACUUCACAGCCGCAGUUCACAAGAACCUUCAUGGCCAUUUCAGACUCGAAUUGCCAAGAUGCUCAAAAUUACGACAACAUCGCGAACUGCGGGAUGACGAGGGUUUCAUCAUUAGGCAUUUCGCUGGAGCAGUUUGCUACGAAACUGCUCAAUUCAUUGAGAAGAACAAUGACGCAUUGCAUAGUUCCUUGGAGGCUCUGGUUUGUGAAGCAAAAAAUCAUUUCUUGAAAUCCUUGUUUGAAACUGUUGAUCAACCAAAGCGAUCUGGAAAAUUAAACUACGUUUCUGUUGCGUCCAAGUUUCGUGGGCAGUUGAAUGAGCUGAUGGAGAAGCUUCAGUCAACAGGAACCAGCUUUAUAAGAUGCAUCAAACCAAACGGUAAAAUGGCACCCAAAGACUUUGAUGGAGGUGGAAUAUUGUCUCAGCUACAGUGCGCUGGAAUGGGGAGUGUUUUGAAACUCAUGCAACAGGGUUACCCCUCAAGAACUGGAUUCCAAAGUCUGCAUGAAAUGUACAAACAGUAUUUGCCUGGGAAGUUGGCACGUUUGGAUGCGCGUUUGUUCUGCAAAGCCUUGUUUAAGGCCCUUGGAUUAAACGAUACAGAUUUCAAGUUUGGUGUUUCCAAAGUGUUCUUUCGAGCCGGAAAGUUUGCAGAGUUUGAUCAGAUGCUGAAAUCUGAUCCUGAAAAUCUGGCUGCCUUGGUGGAUCGCGUGAAGCAGUGGCUGCUGAGAUCAAGGUGGAAGAAGGUUCAAUGGGGUGCUAUUAUGGUUAUUAAACUAACGAAGAAGAUUGAAUACAGGAGAGAGAAUCUAAUCGUGAUGCAGAAAAUGGUCCGAAUGCAUCAGGCUCGAAAACAACAUCAGCCAAGAUAUACGGGGAUCUCAAGACUAAAAAAGCUGCAGGCAAUGCAUGCUUUCAAAAGAAAUGAAAACAUCAUUCAUCUUGGAUUACCCUAUGGAAUCAACCUGGACCACAUGCAGAGAAUUGCGAGUGAGCUGAAAGCAAACAGAGAGAACUCUCUGAGCAUUGUUGCCAAUCUCGACAGGAAUCUCAUGGCUGCUAUCACGAAAAUCAAGACGGACGAUAAGAUCUUGAGGUCGACGAUAGAAGCUGAUUACGUGGAGAUUGUCACACGAGUCAACAAGGAGCUGAUAUUGCUGGACAAGAAAUUGGAGCAGCAAAAAACUGCCGAAGAACAGGAGAAGCUGCGUCGGAUACAAGAACAGAUGGAGGCUGAUAGGAAGCGGGAGGAAGAAGAAAAACUCCGAGUGGCGGAAGAAGCCACGAUGAAGCGGAAAAAAUCUCAAAUAGAAGUGCAAAGGCGGCUAGAGGAAGAAGAAGUGAGGCAAUUGGAAGCUCAGGCAGUCAAAGCUGAGGCUGAGAGAGAAACAAUCGCCGCCCGACAUCGGUUGAAUACGACUCAGUUUGCCUCCAUGAGCGUCGAAGAGGCCAUGGCAAAGGCUAUAGAAGAAGAUUCAUUGGCCAGACAGCAGUUGGAACAAGAGCGCCGAGACCGGGAACUUGCCUUGAGAUUGGCAAGGGAAAUGGGCGUCCAGGUGAUCAUCCCUUGUCUCUUCGAUGAAGAAGUUGCUGCUAAUCAGUGGGGCUCGGGAGCUGCGUCUCCGGUGAAAACAGAUCCGACCAAAUACGAUCUGACCAAGUGGAAGUACUCGGAUUUGAGGGACGCGAUCAACACGUCGUGUGACGUGGACCUUCUCGAGGUGCUUAAGGCCUUGUCAGAAUAA